AUAACCAAGGCCGGCGGGCGUCCAGGGCUCUUCCUGUCGCGAUCCGAGCUCGGAAUGUAAUCGAGGAGGAGGAUGCUGGCCCUGCGGCUGCUCAACGUGGUGGCCCCCGCCUACUUCCUUUGCAUUUCCCUGGUGACCUUCGUCCUGCAGCUCUUCCUCUUCCUGCCCAGCAUGCGAGAGGACCCCACAGCCACCCCGCUCUUCUCGCCUGCCGUGCUUCACGGGGCGCUCUUCCUGUUCCUCUCAGCCAAUGCCCUGGGCAAUUACAUCCUGGUCAUCCAGAACUCCCCAGACGACCUGGGUACCUGCCAGGGAACCUCAUCCCAGCGAUCUCAGUGCCCACCACCCAGCACCCACUUCUGCCGAGUGUGCUCCCGAGUCACGCUGAGGCACGACCAUCACUGUUUCUUCACUGGCAACUGCAUCGGUAGCAGGAACAUGCGCAACUUCAUCCUGUUCUGCCUCUACACUUCACUGGCCUGUCUUUACUCCAUGGUGGCCGGCGUGGCCUACAUCUCAGCUGUCCUUUCCAUCUCCUUCGCCCAUCCCCUGGCCUUCCUCACGCUCCUGCCCACUUCAAUCAGCCAGUUCUUCUCCGGAGCUGUCCUCGGUUCUGACAUGUUCGUCAUCCUCAUGCUCUACCUCUGGUUUGCCGUCGGCCUGGCCUGCGCGGGUUUCUGCUGCCACCAGCUGCUGCUGAUUCUCCGGGGGCAGACCCGCUACCAGGUUCGAAAGGGGGUGGCAGUGAGAGCCCGGCCCUGGCGCAAGAACUUACAGGAGGUCUUCGGAAAGAGGUGGCUGCUGGGCUUGCUGGUCCCCAUGUUCAAUGUCGGGACCGAAAGCUCCAAGCAGCAGGACAAAUAGCGGGCAAGUACGCCUGCCGUCUCUGUGUCUCAGUUCCUCCUGAACGUAAGACCACAGCACCCCUGUCUCCACCUGUGACACAGCACACCCUCCCCUAGGAAGGGCCUCAUAUCCACCCCCAGGUCUUCCACCCUCAGAGGAUUUAUAAACAGGUGCAUUCUGACAUGGAGGGGAACUGGCCACCUGGGUACCGCUAGGCUGCCCACGGGCCAGCCAGGUAGGUAGCUGCUAAGCUGUUAGGGUGUUUCUGCUCCACGUUGUUAUCUCCUGAGAAGCCCCUCCCCCGGUCCCUGCCUGGCCCAUCCACUCUCGUGUCUCAGGCCAUCACCGCUUCUGCUAAAGUCCCUUCUCUUCCGUGUUGAUAGUGGAGACUACAUUCUGGUUGUGGGUGGGAGACUCCCCAGGCCCUGGAGGCUGGUAAAUGGUACAGUUAACAAGCAUGAACGACCGUCCAGUAAGCUUUACCAACCGCUAGUGAAAAUGGGAAGGGGUGGGGAUGCACACUCAUCCGCUAGAAGGGAUCUUCAGCAGUGUGUGUAGGUCGAGGGGACCACAAGCACUUACUUCAAUCAAUGACCUAGCAUUUUCUUUAACGCUGUUCCCUUCCCAGACUGCCCCAGCUGGCCACCCCAGCCCAGCCAGCCCAAGAGUUAGCGGGAUACUUCUUUUCCCUGGAAUUCCCUCUGUCA